GCGCGGGCUGCGGGGUGCGGGCGUUCUCCGUGCGCCGGCCGGGGUGAGGCGUCUCCCGUGGCAGCGUGCUAGGCGGAAGCUGGAGCCCCGGUGCAAGAAUGGAGCUGGCGACUCGCUCCCAGAUCCCUAAAGAAGUGGCUGACAUCUUUAACGCCCCUAGUGAUGAUGAAGAGUUUGUCGGUUUCCGAGAUGAUGUUCCCAUGGAAACCCUGUCAUCAGAGGAGAGCUGCGAUAGCUUUGACUCCCUGGGGUCGGGCAAACAGCAGGAUGUGCGCUUCCGUUCCAAAUACUUCACAGAAGAGCUGAGAAGAAUUUUUGUAGAGGACACGGACUCAGAGACAGAGGAUUUUGAGGGGUUUACACAGAGUGACCUGAGUGUGAACAGUAACCCGGAUGUAAAGCUCGCGGAGUCUGACCUGAGCGACGGUGGCGAAGCAUCGUUGGCGAGUGAGGACGACGACGAUGAGGAGGAAAAGGCCACACCUGGGAGCAGCAGGCCCAGAAGAAGCAGCUUUGGUCUUCGCGUAGCCUUGCAGUUCCCCACCAAGAAACUGACCAAAACAGCCGAUAAAAAGAAUUCUUCUGAGCCACUGUUUUCCGGCUCACGCUUACAGGACAGUAAAAAAGCCAUGCUUGGGAGAAAGAAAAGCUGCCGGCAGGGGAAGGAAAGGGAGGAUUCUGCCUCGGAGCCUGAGGAUGACUCCAGGGACGAGGCCCAGGAGAGCUCGGAUGCGCUGCUGAAAAGGACCAUGAACAUCAAGGAGAACAAGGCCAUGCUUGCUCAGUUGUUGGCAGAAUUGAACUCAAUGCCAGAUUUGUUCCCAGUACGAACCCCGAACUCGGCUUCUAAGAAGAAAACCAUGCGGCGGGCCUUCUCGGAGGGGCAGAUCACCAGGCGCAUGAACCCCACCCGGAGCGCGCGGCCGCCCGAGAAGUUUGCUCUGGAGAACUUCACUGUCUCCGCGGCCAAGUUUGCAGAAGAGUUUUACAGCUUCAGAAGAAGGAAGACGAUCAGUGGGGGGCGAUGCCAGGGGCACAGGCGGCGUCACCGGAUGUCUUCUUUUCGGCCCGUGGAGGAUAUCACCGAAGAGGACUUAGAAAAUGUUGCCGUGACUGUUCGCGAUAAAAUCUACGAUAAAGUUCUGGGUAACACGUGCCAUCAGUGUCGGCAGAAGACCAUCGACACCAAGACGGUGUGUCGGAACCAGAGCUGUGGCGGGGUGCGGGGCCAGUUCUGUGGGCCAUGCCUGCGGAACCGCUAUGGGGAGGACGUGCGGUCAGCACUGCUGGACCCGGAGUGGGUAUGCCCUCCCUGCCGUGGGAUCUGCAAUUGCAGUUACUGUCGGAAGCGUGACGGCCGCUGCGCCACAGGGAUCCUCAUUCAUCUGGCCAAGUUUUACGGUUAUAAUAACGUCAAGGAGUAUCUGGAGAGCUUACAAAAGCAGCUGGUGGAAGACAAUUAGAAAGAAGAGCCAGCUCACCUUUGCGUACUCAGCGCGACACGCCCUACGUACCAUUUGUGCCUAAGAUGUCUUACAGUUGUGUUUUUAUACAGAAAUUCUUUGUAGAUCUAAAUACUAUUUUUUUUAAGAUUGUUUAUAUGCGUACAAAGAUUUCUCAGGAAGACAGCUGAGGAAUCUCUAUCCCUGUACACGCAGGACUGUUUGAAUUGUUACAAGUAUCUGCAGAUGGUUAUAAAGCACAGUUUAAGUUCAGAUUAGUCCCAGAGGAAACAUUGCAUAAGUAGCUCUUGCCUUUGACACUGUUUGAUUAUAGAUGCUGCCUUGAUCCAUUACCUCCCAAACAGUCCCUCUAGGUCAAGUUGUUACAGGGGUUCCAUCCCCUUUAAUUUACCUUAUUUUGAUCAUAGUUCAAACCACAUACUUGAACCUACUCUGGGUGAUUGACGAUUUAUAUUGAAGAAUGUUCCCCUAAAUUACAAAGUGUAACUAACCACAGGUGGAAGUACUAGCGUUUUCUUGUUUAUUAAAACUUGAAUGAACAAAACGUGGACGGUCCCGUUACCCACACUGGAGGCCGCAGUGUCCACCUCUCCAUUUGGGACUACCUGGGGCCCGUCGCUUCUGUAUUUUCAAAGCCUGUAAGAAUUUUUAAUUUAAAAAGAUUUUGUUUAGUAUCUUACAAGAACUAAAAUCCUACUUGCUGACCAGGAGACUUCAACCCCAUUGUUUUCGAGGUUGUCUUUUCCUUGGAGCCUUGAUGACAAUGGGAGUCUCCUUCCUGUGCUGUGGGAUGAGUCCUGGGGGAAGCUAAAAUGAGAACACAUUCUGACUAGGUUUCCAGUCUGUCUACAUUUGCUUCUUUCCCAUCUUUACUUUUUAAGGAUGAUGUGUAAAAAAAAAAAAAAAUUAAUGCAGUUCCUUAAAA